AUUAAUAAAUUACAUAAUUUCUGUGUGCAGGUCAACCUACAGAUUCAUCAACACCCUCCUCACUAGCGCCGACAACAUGGAGAAGGCCCAGGCCAACUUUGUGCUCCAGAGGCUGAUGAGCUACUCCAACCAGGAGCCAAGCAACAACCAGUACAAUCAGCACAGUUAUGCCAACUUCAACAACGACAACUACAACAACAACAACUUCUUGCAGAAGAUGAUCAACACAUUCUCUCAGCAGAACCCCGUCCCCUACAGCCUGGGAAACAACAACAAGAUCUUCAAGUUCAGUGACUCCGAGGAUGAGAACCUGGAGAAGAAGAUCAGGGAGAGCAUGAUGGCCUUCAAGAUGAUGCAGUUGAACCAAGGAUCCAGCAGAUCCAUCAUCAACCCCUUCUCUGUUGAGAACGGAUACAGGGAGAAGAUUCAAGCUCUUCUUUCUCGUAACAGACGUCAAGCUGAGGCCGCCACUCUUCCCGACACUCUCGAUAUCGGAGACCGUCUGGCUGAGAAGAUGAAACAGCAACAAGACAAGUUGACCUCCGAGGUCGGAAACAUGACCUGUAUUCUCCGUGAGGUUGGUAUGCUGAAUGAGGACAACGAGCUGGACUUCAACACCCAGAAGAAGACAAUGGAGAAGCUGAACUUCGAGGACGACUGGUUCAAGAACAGGAUCUUUAACGAUAUCGAAACCUGCAACAAGGUUGCCGAUGCUCUCCCUACCGAGGUCCAGAACGAGUUUGUUUUCCCCGGCCUCGCGAACGUCCCUAAGGUCCAGGCCUUCAUGAGGUGCACUAAGUACGCUAAGGCUAAGUCCUGCAUGUACAAGGAUAUUAAGGCUAGGGUUGAGACCAACUUCGGUCCCCUGGACAAGAUCCUGGAGCAGACCAAGCUUACUGAAGAUGAACUCUUCCCCCUGGUGAUCAGUCUCUACCACGAAGAUGAUGAUGAUUUCGCUGGAUUCUAAACUUAUCUGGGUUCGGAGACUUCGUCUUAUGCCAUCAAAAUUAUUUUUUUUUUCAAAAGUUGAACGAAUUGAAGGCUUCAACCAAAUAACUUGAACUUCGAGUAUUGACCUCUUUUAUUACCGCUGUCUUCCAAUUAUAGCAUGUGAUUCAAUAUUAUUAAAAAUCUAAUGAAAAACAAAAUAAAAAUAAAUAUGAAAACAUUUAUAAA